AUCGAAACGUUCCCCCCCUCUCCCCUUCUCUCAAAAAAAAAAAAAAAAAACCCUAAUUUCAGAGUAAAAUCACAAAGAGCUUCAAAAACUAGAUAAUCGAAAUCUGAUUUUUGAAUAGUUUGUGUGUUUGAAGGGUUUAAAUGUUGUGAGAUUGGAGUAAUUAGAGCGGUAGAUUUUGAAAGAUCUGUCUGUAUUUAAUUAAAUAUAAUUGAAUUUUAAUUUUUAAGUGUUUAUUUAUUAGAGAAAGAGAUUAGCACUAAUGGCGUCGUCAAAUAGUGAUAAAGAGCUUGAACAGCAGUUACUGGAAGCUGGAACCAAGCUUCUUAACCCUCCUUCUUCUCUUGAUGACUUGCUCCCUCUUCUUGAUCAAGUUGAGAAUUGUUUGUCAAAGGUGGAGCAGUCGCCUUUAAAAUCAAUGCAAAAUGCACUCUCUCCUUCGCAGAAUGCUCUGGUCACAGAUCAACUCUUUAGGCAUUCAAACAUUGAUGUGAAGGUUGCCGUUGCCUCAUGCAUUAGUGAGAUAACAAGAAUAACUGCACCAGACGCACCUUAUGAUGAUGAUCAGAUGAAGGAAGUUUUUCAGCUGAUUGUAUCAUCAUUUGAAAAUCUAGAUGACAAAUCUAGUCGGUCUUAUGUUAAGAGGGCCUCGAUUCUUGAAACUGUUGCGAAGGUUAGGUCGUGUGUGGUGAUGCUGGAUCUUGAAUGUGAUGCACUGAUAAUUGAGAUGUUUCAGCACUUCUUUAAGGCUGUAAGGGAUUAUCAUCCGGAAAAUGUCCUUUCAUCAAUGGAGACCAUCAUGUCCCUUGUCUUAGAAGAAAGUGAAGAUAUCUCAGUGGAAUUACUGUCACCCCUUUUAGCUAGUGUGAAAAAGGGUGAUGAGGAAGCUCUACCUGUUGCCCAAAAGUUGGGAGAGAAAGUACUUGAAACCUGUGCUACGAAGGUUAAACCUUACUUGAUACAGGCUGUGAAAUCUUUGGGUGUAUCUUUAGAUGACUACAGUGAUAUUGUUGGUUCAAUGUGCCAAGAAAUCUCUGGUUCCAUUGAGCAGAAAGAUGUCCAUGCUGGUGAUGAAAAUAAGGCUGAAGAGAGCAAGCCAGCUGGGACAUUGUCAGCUACUGCUGCUCAGGUUGAUGAAGAGGAAACAACAGAAGUGGCCACUCCUAUACAAGCUGAUCCUGCAAAUGAAAAAUCUCCAAAGUCAGCUGUGAGCAAUGGUGUCGCUCAGACUGGGGAAGAUGACUCCUUGGCAGAUUCCUAUUCCUUGAAGAAGCAGGAGGAUAAUCAUACUGAUCAGUUGAAAAGCAUUGAUAUGCCAGGUAAUGGUGAACCUGUCAUUUCAGAUGCUGAAAAGGUAGUAAACACAGAAAGUGAGGCAGAGCAGACAAGCAAGAAGAGUGCUGAGAAGUCUCCAACGAAAUUGACGGAGCCUUCAGAGAGUUUUCCUGCUGUCCCUGAGAAGGAAGCUGAGGAAUUGCCAGAUGAUAAAAUUCACGGCGAGGAUAUUCCCAGUUCUCAUAAAGAUCAAUCUGUUGAAGAAGCAAUAUCUUCUGAGAAUAUAAAAGAAACUGUCACUCAGCCCUCCUCACCUAAGGCAUCAGAGGGUGAGUCUGUACCUGUCGCUUCCCCAUCUGUUGGCGAAAGCCCUCCUGAUGAAAGUGUUUCCAAAAAGGGUGGACGAUCAAAGAAAAAGGAGAGCUUGAACAAACAUUCUGCACCUUCUUCUGAUGAUGUUCCAAAAAAGGUAUCCGAUGGAACAAGUGAUUCAGAAUUAAAAUCGCAUAAACACUCUGGAAAGAAGGCAUUUGCUGGGACUUCCUGUGAGGAUAAGACACCAAUGAUGACAGAUGCAUCCAAGAAGGAAAGCAACACCACUAGUGAACCAGAGGCAAAAUCGCUGAAGCAAUCAUCAAAAGAGGUGGACACAUCGAAGAAGGAAAGCGACACCGCUAGUGAACAAGAGGCAAAACCACCGAAGCAGUCAUCUAAAAAGUUAGACGCAUCCAAGAGGGAAAGUGACACCACUGGUGAACCAGAGGUGAAACCGUCAAAGCAGUCAUCUAAAAAGGUGGAUGCAUCCAGGAAGGAAAGCAAUACCACUGGUGAAUCGGAGGCAAAACCGCUGAAGCAGUCAUCUAAAAAAGUGGAUGGAAGUAGCAGCAAUGAUGGGUUGUCUUUAAAGCAAUCUGAGGAUAAGAAGCGUCAGAGUCGUGGAAAAGCAGCUUCAGAAAAGCAUGCGACCAAAAGCUCAACUAAAGAUGAUGACAAAGAAAAGACCCCUUCAACCAAGUCAGCUGCAAAAUCAGCAAAAGAGGAACAUCACUUAGAGGAGACCCCCGUGACAAGUACCAAGAGGAAGCGUGGUGAUGAAAAAGGAUCUGAUAUUAAAGAAUUUGAUGAAAAUGUGGUUGGUUCAAAGGUUAAAGUAUGGUGGCCAAAAGAUCGCCAAUUUUACGAGGGUAAAAUUGAAUCUUUUGACCCGAUUAAGAAGAAGCAUAAGGUUGUAUAUACCGAUGGCGAUGAAGAAAUUUUAAUCCUCAAAAGGCAAAGGUUUGAGCUUAUUGAUGAUGACUCUGAGUCAGAAGAGGAAGAAGCAACUGAUCACCCAAGUCCUGAAACCUCUUCUGAAGCGCCCCUGAAGAAGAGAAUGAAAACAAGUUCUGAUAAGUCAUCUAAGCAAGGAAAGGUGGAUGCUUCCCCAAAGAGGGGCAGCGGAGCUUCCUCCAGCAAAUCCAAAAUUGCAGCUGCAAAAUCAGGAGGAAAGUCCAAGGAAGCCGGUAAAACUGGUGGGAAAUCUGUAGAUGAAUCGAAAGUUAAGAAAUCAGAUGAUCGUGGCAAAACCAAGGAUCAUACCCCUAAAAGUGGAAGUAAAUCUGACUUUGCUUCAAAAACUGCCAGCAAAUCAAAAAAUGACAACCCUUUGACAUCCAAGACUAGCAAGUCGAAGGAGGAUGGCACAAGCACUCCCAAAAUUUCCAAGUCCAAGCAUGAGACCCCAAAGGUUUCAUCCUCCAGUGCCAAGGGUAAAGCCUCAAAAAGUGGUGGCAAAUCUGAUGUCAAUGGUGCUGGAAAGUUGAAGCCUGGCUCAUCUAAGGUGAAAGAAAUUGAUGAUGAAGAGACCUCAACAGAUUCAGAGAAAGUGCAGCGAAGUGUGAAGGUGAAAACUGGAAGCUCAUCCAAAGGAGGGAGUGAGGCUAAGAGUGGGAAAAAGCGGCGAAGAGUUUGAAGUUUAAGAUCUCUCCUUAACCGCCGCUUGUUGCAAGCGGAGUUGUUUCUUGUCCCCAACACAUGGACCUUGAUUGCCUAGCUCUCUUCGACGUCCGUCCCAGAGUAGUUGCGGCCACACAGUAAGCCAUGCAUUUGGUAUUUAUUACCAUCUUUGAUGCGAUCCCAAGUCAUUGGCUUAAGUUUGUUAGUCUAGUUAAUGGUUGCCUGUAGGAUUAGGUUUCUUCUAUUUUGGUUUUAGAUGGUAUCUAUGUUGUUUGGGGAGCGACAGUAGAGAAUAGAUCGAGUUAGUUUGAUGAAAUAGAUGCCGUAAUAGAUAAUGACAGAUCCAUGAACAUUGCCAUUGCUAUGUCGUCCUCAAUUCACUAUUGGAUCAUUCUGGUCGAUAAA